CCCUCCCUCCUCCUUCUCUCUUUACAAAUGUUACAACACAAUCAGAAAUUUCCUCUUUUCUUUCCUCCCUGCAUUUCCAGCAGGUUCCCUUGCGUCAGAAGCCCAGGAAGAAAACUCAAGGGUUUUUCACCAUGAGUCGGAGAAGGAUAUCCUGUAAAGAUCUGGGCCACGCUGACUGCCAGGGCUGGCUGUACAAGAAAAAGGAAAAGGGAACUUUCCUAAGCAACAAAUGGAAAAAGUUCUGGGUGGUGCUGAAGGGGUCAUCACUGUACUGGUAUGGCAAUCAAUUGGCAGAGAAAGCAGAUGGAUUUGUCAACCUGCCAGAUUUCACAGUGGAAAGAGCCUCUGAAUGCAAGAAAAAAAAUGCAUUUAAGAUCAAUCACCCACAGAUCAAAACCUUCUACUUUGCAGCAGAGAAUUUGCAGGAAAUGAAUGUGUGGCUAAACAAACUUGGAUUUGCUGUGACCCACAAGGAAUCCACUACCAAGGAUGAAGAAUGUUACAGCGAGAGUGAGCAGGAAGAUCCUGAAACAGCCGCAGAGGCACCGCCCCCUCCAUCCGCGUCUGCAACAUCCUCUCCUGUGGUACGUGUAGAUGCUGCACGGCGGGCAUCUUCUUCUUCACCCAAACGGAGAGAAACAUCAUGUUCUUUCUCUUCUCUGGAAAAUACAGUAAAGGCACCCAGCCGGUUUUCUUCCUCGGGAUCUAAAGAAAGACAGUCGUGGCUUGACAUAGUUAACAGCUCGCCUGCUACCGAAGAUGUGGGACAUCCCCUGUCAUUUGCUGUACAGGUCCACACACUUGCCUCCUCAGAGGCAAGCAGUUGCCGGGUCUCAGAAAACAGCUCCACAACAUCAGAAAGUGGUUGUUUGAACUCUUUGUCUAGUGAUGACACUUCUUCACUGAACAACAGUCAAGACCACCUAACAGUCCCAGACAGAGCUUCUGGAUCAAGAAUGACAGACAGAGACGAAAUAAAAUCGUCCGAAGACGAUGAGAUGGAGAAACUGUACAAGUCAUUGGAGCAGGCUAGCCUGUCUCCUCUUGGGGACCGGCGACCUUCAACCAAGAAGGAGCUGAGAAAGUCUUUUGUGAAGCGAUGCAAAAACCCAUCAAUAAACGAGAAGCUACACAAGAUCAGAACCUUGAACAGCACAUUAAAGUGCAAAGAACAUGAUUUGGCUAUGAUCAACCAGCUGCUGGAUGACCCAAAGCUGACAGCCAGGAAGUACAGAGAGUGGAAAGUCAUGAACACCCUGCUGAUCCAGGACAUCUAUCAGCAGCAGGUACCUCAGGACCCUGAAGUCACCCCUCAGGAAAUCAUGAACCCCACCUCUUCUGACUGUGUGGAAAAUUCUCUGUGAGCAGAUGCCGGGACCCUACCCCCAUUUCUGUUACUAUGCCAUUCUACAGGAUGCUGCCAAGGGCCUACAUUCUGCUUAUAAGGAAACCCCAUACCCAGUUCCUGAGACAUCAUCCAUCCCUCCCAAGGAUGCAACCCAGGUGAAGCCAGUUCUGAUGCAGUGGGAAUCCUGGCUCCCACAUGUGACAUUCCUAAUACUGGAGUAGAGUGAUGGAGUUCAUCCGAGCAGGCGCAUCUUCUGUGCUUCUACUGAGAGCUAGCAGGAAUCCUAGGCUUUAGGCAGGAUGUCAAAUGGGUAAACCCCCUCUGUUUGCUUUCAAGAGAAUUACAACCUGCCGCAGACAAAAGGCCCAACUUCACUAGGGAUAAUAAUUCACAUUAUUAUUUUGUUUUGCAAAAGAAGCAUGUAGAACUGCCUUUGGUGGGCAGCGGAGUUCUUCAAAAUAUUGCUAGUGGAGGAAUCUCUUCCUUAUUGGUGACUGGAACUGGACACAUGUUGGCAUUUGUGGAGCACAAGGCUCCGUGUAACGUUGACGUUCUACUUGUAGAGCACCAUAUUUGCAGAGUAGAGCAUGGUGGGAGUGGGGUAUGAGAGCCCAAGGAGAAGGUAUUCUUCCUGUUCCACUCAGAGGGCAGCUUCAUAUGUUCAUGCUUUGCUUAGGGUAGGGGAUGUGAUUAAUGUGCCCAUUCCUUACAAUGUCUAGGAGACAGACCAUCACAUGACCAUUGGAGACGUUGUUGCCCCACUCCCAGCUUCUUUGAACAGUGGUAGGAUAUUAAUACCCACUAUAAGGAAUGUUAUAUUGAGUUCAUCCCUGCCUGUGCUGCCUAAACCCAGCAUGAGUUUAUGUCCAGUUUUCCUGGGAUCCAAAUUCACAAGGUUAUUUUCGAAUUGUUCUUAACUUGGAAAAGAACCCAGACCAGCAAA